GACCUGCGUCCCACCCUUGACUGAAUCUGGGCUUUGUCCCCCCCUCCCGGCUUGUCAGACCAUUUUCCUGCAGGACAACAGCAUCACCCAGAUCCGGCAGCAGGACCUGGCCUCCCUCCUGGACCUCCAGUACCUCUACAUGCAGAACAACACCAUUUCCGCCCUGGAGCCCGGCGCCUUCCACCAGCAGAAUCGGCUGCUGGAGCUGGCGCUGAACGGCAACCGCAUCCACUUGAUCAACAGCAGCAUCUUCAAGGGCCUGGAGCACCUGCGCGUCCUCUACCUCUCCGGCAACCAGGUCACCCGCCUGCCGGACUUCACCUUCUGCGACUUGGAGAGGCUUCAGGAGCUCCACCUGCAAGAGAACAGCAUUGAGAUUCUGGAGGAGCAGGCGCUGACCGGGUUGACCUCGCUGGCCCUGCUGGACCUCAGCAAGAACAACCUGCGCACCAUCAGCCGGGUGACCUUGAGGCCCCUCAUCAGUCUGCAAGUGCUGAGGCUGACAGAGAAUCCAUGGCGAUGCGACUGCGCUCUGCACUGGCUCAGCAGCUGGAUCCGAGAGGAAGGCCAGAGGCUCCUGAGCCCCCUGGACAAGAAGAUCGAGUGUUCGGAGCCCCCGCGCCUGGCCUACCAAAGCCUAGCGGAUGUUUCCGGCAACAGCUUGAUCUGCAUCCCUCCGGUCGUACAAGUGCAACCGCUUGAAGUCAUGGCCCGGCUGGGUGAAGACCUGCGCAUCUCCUGUCAGGCCUCGGGCUACCCACAGCCACUUGUGACCUGGCGUAAACUGGCCCACUGGCGGGCCGGGGGCUCCAGGGGAAGCCGGACCCGGCUGCCCAGUGGAAGCUUUGAGCUGAGAGAGCGCAGCGUCGCGGAGCGCUUUGAGCAGUCAGACACCGGCAGCGGGAUGCUGUUCCUGAACAACGUGACGGUGUCCCAUGCCGGGAAAUACGAAUGCGAGGCCUCCAAUCCCGGGGGGAUGGCCCGGGUGGUCUUCCACCUCAUGGUUAACCUCUCGCAGCAUCAGCAGCAAUCGCAGGGCUACCCGGCAUCGGUAGACAUCAGCCAGGAGCCCCUCUACGACAUGGAGAGCAUGGACUUCCACGCCCUGGGCAUGGCCACGCAGACGGCCAUCGCCGUGGCCAUCUCCCUGCUGGCCCUGGUGGCCCUUCUGUUGGUGAUCAUGAUCUACCGGAAACACCGCAAGCGGAAAAAGGCGAAGAAGGAGGAGAACAUUUUGUACGUCAACGACUACUCCGACGGGCCCACCACUUUCGCGCAGCUGGAGGAGUACCGAGACGAGAGGGGCCACGAAAUGUUUGUGAUUGACCGCAACAAGCCCCUGUUUGCCACCUAUAAGGACCCCCAAGGCCUAGCAGGGGUCUUCCCGGAGCAGCUGCAAGACCAAGCGACUCAGACUCUGGAAGGAGAAGAAGAGGGUCCCCAAGAAGACAGCGAGCUCUUCGCCAACCAGGGAGUGAUGCUCCAGCCUCAGAUAGCAUACGAAAUCCACUGCUGA